AUGGACUGCGCAAAAUUAAGUCAAGCUGAUGAGAUAGAAGAUUAGGAAGGUAUCCUUCAGAAAGUCAAGGAAUAAAAUAUCUCUCUAGGAAAGCAUGAAUUUGAGUUUAAUAAUCAUAUCUAUAUUGGCUAUCCUACAGUUUAUUCUCCUUAAAUCUUUAGCGACACCUUUUAAAUUGCCUAGAAUUUCCCUUUUCCGGCUGGAGGUUCAUUUCUAGAAAUUGGAACAGGAUGUGGAUUAAUUGUACUUGAAGCUGCUUUCAAAGGAUGUAAGAAAGUUGUGGGGACAGAUAUUUCAGAAGAAUCUAUUUCUAACAGCUAAGAAAAUCUCGCAAGAUUUACAUCUUAACUUAAAGAUACUCAAGUAGAGUUUUACAUCUCAGAUAUUUUUUCAGCCAUUCCUAAAGAUGAAAAAUACAACACUAUCUUCUGGAAUUUCCCCUGUUAAUUGGGUAGUAAACCUCAUGACGAAAUGGAUAUGCUUGAAAGGGCUUUUAAAGAUACUGGUUACAUUCUCCUAAAAAGAUACUUUUAAGAGAUUAAAGAUUAUUUAGAAGUUGGCGGUAAUGCAUACUUAUGUUGGCAUCCUGCUGUUGCAAACAAAGAACUAUUUUAGAAAGUAAUUGAUGAAACUAACAUUGAGUUGGUUGAAGUGUCUUAAAUAUAAGGCCCUAAUGAUGUUAAUGGUAUCAUGUAUAUGAUCAAGUGA